ACCCCCCACUCCGCCACCUCCCUCCCCACCCCCCCUCUCGGCGGAUGAUCCGUCCCCUCACAGUUCGUUCUCCAGCGUAGAUCCAGCAUCCAAAUCUUGUAGAUCACAAUUGUUGAGUCAGAUCUGCGAUUUUGAAGCUCGCGGUGGAUGUCACCUUCGAGGUCUCGGAAACGUCCUUCUUCGCCGCCGGCCGUGGCUGCGUGCGCAAGGAAGCGCCGCCGCCCCACAGUGAUAGCCCCAGACGCCAGCACGGUUGUGACCCCGUAUGCCGGCGGCGCGUGCGCAUCGGCAUCCUGCUGGGAGUCGCUGCCCGGAGAUUUGCUUCGCCUGAUAGCGUGGCGCAUUUUGGCCGACGAUCUGCUGGAGUACGUCCGCUUCCGCGCUGUUUGUACCAGUUGGCGGUCUGGCACCGUCUGUCCGCGCGGACGUGGUGUCACCGAUCCGCGCUUCCACCCACGCCGCUGGAUGAUGCUGACCGAAGGUCACGGCCUCUACCCUGGUUAUGGCAAGCUGGAUGGGUACGUCCGCUUCUUCAACCUUGACAAGGGAACCUUCGUCCGUGUCAAACUCCCACUGUUCAGGAAACACUGCGCUCUUGACAGUGCGGACGGCCUGCUCCUACUCCAAAGGGACGAGGACACCGUCAUCCAUGUUCUCCACCCUUUCACUGGCGACAUUGCUGAGCUCCCACCACUGGCCACCCUCCUCACUCAGUUGGACGGUUAUCUAAACGGAGCACCUGAAUGGGAAAGGUGGUUCUCCAUCAGAAACAAUCUAUGUGCUUCGGUUUCCUGCAAUGCCGGAAUCACCACAGUCAUGCUUGCCUUCCACCAUCUGUCUCGUGUAGCCUUUGCUACCUCUCAGGACCGGCACUGGACUAUGACAAGCUGGGAGGUUCCUCGUAGUGUUCGACCCUUGUCAUUCCGUGGCAAGAUAUACGUGGUGCAUAACCAAACUCCAACAGUUGAUGCUACAUCACAUGUUCUCCAGAUAGAUCACCCCCUGCAGAAUGAGAUAGGCAUAGGGUUUCAGCAGCCGUCACCACCACGGUUAGUCGCCACAUGUCCGCCCAAUGUUCUCCGUUAUCCCAUCUACCUGGUAGAGUGUGACUCGGAGAUCUUGGUGGUUGGUCAUAGCGACAGUUCCUUUUCUCACAUUUUAGUAUACAAACUUGCGGAUCUUAUGCUGGGAAGGUUUAUCCCCGUAACAAGCAUUGGAGAUCGUGCCCUCUUAAUUGAAGAAAGGUCUCUGAGCGUCUCCUCUAAGUCGUUACCUACAGUCAUGGCUGAAACUGUCAUCUACACACAUCCAAGAACGCGUGAUUUUGCACAAUACCAGCUUGGUACUGGCACUUGGUCUCAACCCAUCGACGAAUGCGGGCUAGAUGGCUUUGCCCCGGGUCCUCGUAGCCUCAUCCACCAUGUGAUGAGCUGCUGCAUCCGCAACGUCUGGAACAAAGGGCUGAUAUAUUCUAAAAAAGAAUACAGUAAAUCUGGAUGGCUUCUUUGGAAGGUGAAAAGAAAGUUCCGCACUGGGAGCUGAAUGACCCAUGUUGCGUGGAGGAGCUGGUGGAUGUCUACGAUGUAGAGAGAGGCGUCCUGGUGCGCCGCACUAAGUUAGCUUUGACAAAAUCUGUGGUACUCUGUGUUAUACACUUAUGCAAGUCCUGCAGCCCCUGCUGCCCUAUACUGUUAAACUAUUGUUUUCUUUGUUGUUCAGUACUGAUAUAGCAUUGCUAUAUCCGGCAAAAUGUUUUAGUUACGUCAGCAACACCGAA